AUGACUUCUAUAGUGAGCCCAAUGCGGCAGAAGCUUCUUCAUAUCCACCUCCCAGGCCUUAUCCCCUACGCCACCGCCGCCCACCUGCAAGAAACACUCGUCUCCCGUUUCCUCGCUGCAAAGCCGCCUUCCACCACACCCUUGCCUCGUCCACACAUCAUAACCGCCUCCUUUCACCCCGUAUAUACCUGCGGCCGCCGCGAAAUCGGCAGCGUCUCCCCAGCCCAACAGGCCCAUCUGCUUGCAGAUGGCGGCGCCGACUUUGUCGAAGCCCUACGAGGCGGGCAAACCACAUUCCAUGGACCAGGGCAACUGGUCGCAUAUCCGAUUCUCGACUUGCGCUCGCACAAGCUCACGCCCAGACACUAUGUCUGCCUUCUAGAAAAGAGUCUGAUAGCCACGUGUGCGCGCUUUGGUGUCAAGGCUAUGACGACGGAGCAUACGGGCGUAUGGACGAGUCCUGAUGAUAAGAUUGCGGCCAUUGGCGUGCAUAUGCGGCGGAAUGUGACGAGUCAUGGGGUUGGGCUGAAUGUUGAUACGGAUUUGUGGUGGUUUGAUCGCAUUGUGGCGUGUGGAUUGGAGGGAAAGAGGACGACGAGUUUGCAGCGUGAGGGGUGCGAGGGGUUGAGUGUUGAGGGGGUUGGGAAGGUGUUUGUGGAUGAGGUCGCGGAGAGACUUGUGGGGGUGGAUGGGGUGGAGAGGUUGGGAGAGGAAGAGGUGGAGAAGAUGUUGCGGCUGUGAGUUGAGGUUGGUCGUUGAAUUCCCCGCUGUGAAUGGUGCGAGGAUGGAAUAGUGAUAGGAUUGGAGGAGAUGGUUGAUACCCGCUAGAGAUGUCUUUCCCGAUAGCAUUGCAAUUGCCUGGCUGUAGUAUAUAGAUACUGUAUAUCAUCGUCUAGAUAUCAAGGCCUUUUCAAUUACGAAAAGCCAUGGCUCUCGAUCAAUUGAUUAUUGUGU